AGUGAGGAACAAAAGCUGCCUCCGGGAGGCCCUCAGGCAGACAGACAAGCCCAGGGACCGGAGAGUCGCUGCUAGACCCGAGAAAGGCUCUCCUGGCCUCGUGGUCCCCACGCCCCGAGUGGGUGCUCCCGGCUGCAGACGGUCCCCGUGAGGAAGCAAGGACACAAUCAUCAUGAACUGGGCCUCCCUGCAGGGCCUCCUGAGUGGGGUCAACAAGUACUCCACGGCGCUGGGCCGCAUCUGGCUGUCAGUGGUGUUCAUCUUCCGUGUGCUGGUGUACGUGGUGGCGGCUGAGGAGGUGUGGGACGACGAGCAGAAGGACUUCGUCUGCAACACCAAGCAGCCAGGCUGCCCCAACGUCUGCUACGACGAAUUCUUCCCCGUGUCCCAUGUGCGCCUCUGGGCCCUGCAGCUCAUCCUGGUCACCUGCCCCUCGCUGCUCGUGGUCAUGCACGUGGCCUACCGCCAGGAGCGCGAGCGCCGCCACCGCCUGAAGCACGGGCCCAGCGCCCCAUCCCUGUACGACAACCCAAGCAAGAAGCGCGGUGGGCUCUGGUGGACUUACCUGCUGAGUCUCCUCUUCAAGGCAGCCGUCGACGCCGGGUUCCUCUACCUCUUCCACCGCCUCUACGAGGAUUAUGACAUGCCACGCGUGGUGGUCUGCUCUGAGUCCCCUUGCCCCCACAUGGUGGACUGCUACAUCUCCCGGCCCACCGAGAAGAAGGUCUUCACCUACUUCAUGGUGGCCACCGCUGUCAUCUGCAUCCUGCUCAACCUCAGUGAGGUCACCUACCUGGUGGGCAAGAGGUGCCUGGAGACCUUCAGCCCAAGGCGCAAGCGGUCUCGGCACCGGGACCACCUGCCUGACACCUGCCCCCCAUACAUCCUCUCCCAGGGAGAGCACCCCCAAGAUGGGAACUCUGUCCUAAUGAAGGCUGGGUCAGCCACAAUGGAGGCAGGUGGGUUUCCAUGACCUGUGAGGGCAGUGGCGAGGACCACUGGGGCCGUGGGCUAUUCCCUAAGGCCACAUAAGGGCAGUGGCAUCUUUUCAGUGGCAGCACUGGGGAGGAAGAUGGCUGCAGGGCUUGGGAAGCCCGCCCCUGGAGAGCAGUUUUGUCCCUGGGUCCUAAGUCCCAGGGGAGGGAGGUUGACAGCUGGUGGGAAUUUUGUAUAAGACAAUGGGGUGUGUGAAAAACAUUAAUAAAUGUGAUUUUCCCAGUAUUUUAUAGCCUGGGUGGGGUGUGGCGGGUAGAAGCUUCAGGGGGGUUCAGCAUGGACCUCAGUAAAGAGGCCACAACCACUCAGUGGGCACCUGAGCCCCGGGACCUC